CAGAACAUAGAUAUAUAUAAAAUAAUAUUAUAUAUAUAUAUUUAUAUAUGAGUAUUAAGUUUAUAAAAAAAAAAAAAAACUCCAUUGAUUGAUUGAGGAGUGGUCAUUUGUCAUUUUCUUUAAAAAAAAAAAGGAAAACUCAAUUGAUUGAUGUAAUCCUUUCUAGCUAAUUAAGUAAAGAUCAAUAUGCUAUAAUUUAAGACAUUCAAGAUUAAUCAUCAGCUUGUGUAAUAAUUGUUAUUUUUGUUUUGGCAAUGUUAAUAGAUAUAAUUAAAAUAUAUGCACACACAAGCACUACAUAACAAUAGACACAAAAAUUAUGCAAUUUGCUACAAUUUACUUAUGUAGUUCUAUUAUAACAACACAAAAAUCAUGCCAAUUUUAUGCGGCUACCUUGUCGGCCAGAGAUUAUAUUAUUUUUUUGAAAUCAAAUUUCAAACAUUUUUAAAAAUGACUUUACAUAUAAAUUGUUAUCUAUUUAUUUGGUGUGCAUUAAUUUAUGUGAUAUUACAUGCAUUAUUAUUAUAAGUGUUAUAAAUAUAUAUAUAUAUAUAUGUAGAUAUAUAUAUAUUUGAUUUGAGACACUUUCCAAGAACAUUCUCAGUUAAGUGCUGACUUGAAAUGGGAGAGGGAGGGAGAGAGAGAGAGCGAAGAAAAAGGGCAGCCACAACCACAAUGAACAAUCCCAGCUGUUUUUGGGUUAGCACCAUGUAUAUCAAGAGCCAGCGAUCAUGGGUCUCUCUGCGCAAGAUGGAAGAGUCACUGCCGAAAACUGCAGCCAAGAAAGUGUUCGUUAGGGGCUCAAAUCAGCUGUCAUCACCGCAGGCAUUGCCGCUGUGCCUACUUUGGUUGCGGUUAGGACGAUUCCUUGGGCAAAAGCUAACAUUAAUCACACCGGUCAGGCACUCAUCAUCUCAAGAGCAUCUGUGGCUGCAACAUACUUCAUCACCGCCCACAAAACGAUCUUGAAAGCCUCGAAGAAGAAUGCUUCCUACGAUAGAACUGCUUAGAAUCCAGAAUCUGAUGAAGAUCUUAGGGUAACUUCAAUGUUAUAAUUCGUUCAACUUAAUUAGUCUAUAUACAUACAUACAUACAUAUAUGAUGGCACUGGAUCGAGCUUGUUUUCCAAGUUGAAUCAGUUUUGGAUCAUGUGCAGUCCUUAGUAUCCAUUGCUGAUCGAUCUCUCUUUAUGGCUACAGAAUAAAUAAACUUGGUGCAUGCUCCUUUCAGUUACGAUCAUACAUAAUAAU